ACCAACUUUGGACCCUUGCUCAGCAUCCAGUCAGCAGAGAUAUCAGCGCCCGUGUCCCUUUGGUCAGAUCAGCAGCGGCAGCAGACGUACAGCCAUGGCGUCGCCGACGCCGUUCUCUACUAUUACAAUCCUAGCGGUGGUAUUAUGUGGCUGCCUUGCUGCUGACUACGGAUGGCAGCCCCAGAAGGAAUUUUCAUUUACAAUCCAAGGCCAAGAUGUAGUGGGCCUGCCUCAGCUGAAACUGCAGUAUGCAGGGUUCCGCUACCAGGGAGAGCUACGAGUCCAAACCCACUCUUCCAGAGUCCUCCUUCUUAAGUUCUUCAACAUGAAUUACUCCAAAAUUCACGAAGAUCUUCCUCAAGGAUGGUGGAAAGGACCGGAGGAUCCUACUAAAAACAAGAGUAAACAGCUGCCAAUAACUACAUCAACCGUUGUCGUUAAGAUGACAAGAUCCAUGAGUCCUGAACUGGUGAUUCAGUCAGGUUUGGAUGAGUGGCAAGUCAACUUCAUUAAGGGUGUAGUUUCGCACCUUCUGGUGUACCUCAAGGACAACUCUCGUCCAGGUCAUUACCUGAACCAGCUCACCAACACUCAGACCAGCGACGUCUACUCUGUCUUUGAGGACAGUGUAUCAGGCAGAUGUGAGGUGCUGUACGAGAUCAACCCUCUCCCUAAACAACAAGGACCUGACAACCAGCAUCUGUGUCCAGACAAACAACUGUGGGAGAUCACCAAGUCCCGCAACUUCAGCAACUGCCAGCUGUUGAGCGAGGACCACGCUCAUCUCCCUACACGUGACUGUACACCUGGAGGUGGAAACUGUGGUAGCUUUUGGACUAGAGCCUCAAUCACUCAAAUGAUUGGAUGUGGUGAAAUGAACAACUUGCUUCUUCUCAGUUCUGUGAGCAGCUCUGUAAAAACUGCUCAACUUCAUCUGAAAAACAGUACUUUGGCCAUGGUUGAUUCUAAUCUUAACAUUACCCUAGACUCUGUGUUGGACCUCAAAAGCAAAUUUAACGCACCUCAAGACAAACAAUCCAUGCAGACUCUCUUGUAUUCAUACUCUGCCACACCAAAGGAAUUCUCUUCUCGUAAAUGCCAGAAAGGUCAAAGCGAAUCUGAUGAAGCUGACAAUUCUCAUGAGCCUUUUGACCCUACCAAACAAAUGAACCCUACAGAAGAGGAUGACGAGAAGAGUUUCGACAGCAGGGAACACAGCAAAUCUGCAUUUAGGAACAAACGUUCCAUAAAAUACAAAAUGAAUAAGUACAGAUCAGACUCUAAUGAACUGCAAAGAGAAGAUAAUUCAGAUGAACAACAAAAAAGCUCUAAAGGAUUUGCUAACGGUAAGACCGCAGUUAAGAAACGUAUGUUCAACAAGUUUGGAAACUAUAAUUAUAAAUCAUCUUAUGAUGAUAGUAGAUUCAUUUCUGAAGAGAAAAAUGAACAGCCUUUUAAAAAUUCAAAGAAAAAUAAGCCUACAAAAGACUCCGACGAACAACUUUCAGAAGAGACAAAUAAUCAACACUCCGAAGAGUUGGAUCUGGAGGAGCAUUGGAAAAUAUCAAGCAAAGACAUGAAGAAAGUUCCCCCUCCUCAGCCGUUCAAUUCGUUUGCCUUGGCUCACAGAAAUUCCUAUGAUCUUUCUUGCCUCAACACCAAGCUGCAACAACUUGUCAGUGACAUUGCAAGUGACUUGAAGGAAAUCAACAUCCUUCCUGAGAAGAACACCAUGGACAAGGUCAGCAUGGCUGUAGAUAUUUGCAGAUCUCUCCUGUUUGACCAGCUUAGCACUAUUUCUGAAGAUGUCUUUGAAGUUCACAAUGGAGCCUCUAGCACCAUGAAGAAAGAUGAAAGAAAAGUUUUCCGAGAUGUAAUUACCAUGUGUGGAAGUCACCCAGCUUUCAAAAUCAUCAAGGGGUGGAUUGAGAGGCAACAAGUUGAGGGAGAGGAGGCAGCUCAGAUGAUUUCAUCCCUUCCCAACCACAUUUUCUCACCCAACAAAUAUCUCAUCCAAGAUUUCUUUGAUAUGGUCCAACAAAUUGCUGAAAAAGAUGAUGAACAGUUGACAAUCACAGCUGUCCUCUCAUUCUCCAACCUUGUUCGAGGUGCUUGCAUUGCCAAAGCCUCUAGACAACACAAGUUUAGCAGCAUUUUGACACCGGUCUGUGAUGAGAGCUACAUUGCUCGUUACAUUGACUGGCUCUCUCACAAGAUCAGCUCUGAUGCUCCUCUGAGACGAGCUUACAUCGAAGCUCUCGGCAACGUGGGAAGUCCUCAUGUCAUUGAAAUUCUGAAAAGUAUUGCAGUCAAUCCCAAGUACUCCUCUUAUUACAGAACCUCUGCAAUUUUCGCUAUGAGAUACCAAGCUCUGAAGAGGCAACCUGAGAUAGCACCUUUGUUGAUGUCGUUAUACCACAACUACUCCAUGCCAGCAAGUGCUCGUAUUGCAUCUGCGGCACUUCUAGUGUACUCAGAGCCCGGCCUUGCGAUGUGGCAAAGACUUGCAAUCUCUACUUGGUAUGAACCAAGCUCAGCGGUGUCACAGUUCGUGUCUUCCACAAUCCACAACAUUGCAAGGGCUAAAGAUUCCAUCUACAGUCAUAUGACCAAGGCAGCAGCACUAGUCGUCUCUCUUGCAAGACCAAGCAAGAUUUCCGCUAAUCGACCAUUCAACAUGAUGACUUCAUCUAUGUCCAGCGACCUACAGAAACUUGUCAUCCAGCAAAUCUCUUGGAUGCAAUUUAGCGACUUCUCCAACCUAUAUUACAGACAUAGCUCACGCUACUCUGGCUUCUCAAGGACAAACAUGGAGGCUAGCUUCAGUGUAUCAAAUCCAGAUGAUCUAUGGAGCGCACUUCUAGAGCUAAUUCCUUCAAGCGAUGUUCAAAUUCCAAAAUCUCGUAACCCAGGAGCUACACACACCAUCUCUGAAAUUCAAGAUACCCUUAAGCUUCACACCCGCAACAUGCCUUCUAUUCAGGCUGACCUGCACCUAAAAAUCAACAACGUUAUGGAACGAAUGAUUUCAGUCAACAAGGAAACAAUCCAGUCAAUGGCUAAAGGAGGACGCAAACUGGUUUCAGAGGUCCUGAGAGAAGGAAAAUCAUUCUCUUAUCAGAAGACAGAUAUGGAUGGUUUCCACAUUUCAACAACUACAGAAAUGGGAUUCCCAGUAGAAUUCUCUGUACGUACUCCUUGGACUGUUCGUGGAAAAACAGAGCUUAAUGUUACCAUGGACGGUCUGGGCUUUGAAACCGCUUUCAUGUAUUCUGCUCAGAUGAUGUCAUCUUUGAGUGUGAUGAGUCCCUGGGAUAACAUUGCUCACAUGGCCGGAGCCUACGCGACCAACUUUGUACAACUCCCUCCCCUGCGACUGGUGGCGAGCAUCGACAGUAACAGUGAUUCUAUCAAAAUUGCUACCGAUUACAUCGAUCAACACCGUCUCUUGUAUUUCAACAUGCAGCCUUUUACAUCCCAACGGAAGAUUAAAGUUCAUCAGCCUGUUCUUUUGAGUCCAGACACUAUUGUUAUCAAGACCGGUGAAUCUAUACAGGUGCCAAUUUCUGGUUUGGGCAGAGUUCUGAACACUGUAUACUCGUCAGAGAGACGGGAACAUUUCAAUGCCAUGGACUUUUGGAAACAAGCAAGAGGUGUAGUUGGUUUCCCGAUGCUUUUUACAAACAUGGAGCCUCGUUCUUUCGAAACUGUUAUGAGUUCCUUGAAUCCAGUCACUGCAAACUUCUCCUUAAGCAUGGCAUCCAAAUCCUUGGGAGUUCUGGAGUACGAUUCCCCAAGAGACACACUUAUUAGCAGAGUUUUAUCUUCUUUGGACAAAAUUACAUCUUUCGGACAAAGUCCUGUCAUGGCUGCAUUCAGAUUUUUCGGUGGACUCUUCAGUGACAGUAAUGAACCAACUACCACAGAAAAUCCAUCUGGAGACAAAAGAGAUAACUCACAAACUAACAAACAAAACUCGGACGGUAGAUCUAUGGAGAACAAUGAUGGCAGUGACAGCAAUGAAGCUUCAAGGAACGGAAACAACCCAAAAGAUGAAGUCUCUACCAUUUCAGGAAAGGUUGAUUGGAAAUCUCCUGCACCUCAGGUGUAUUCUGUCACCUAUGAAUCGGCUGAGGGAAGUUUUAACGCCUCUACAGUUGAUCCAUUCUCAAGCUCUGUUAAAAAUAAUGUAGCCUCCUACCUUCUAGACCAAGUGCUUUCUCAAAUAAACAGUGGAAGUGCAGUGGUAUAUGCAGUUGAUAUCCAGUCAGCUGUGGCUGGUGGUCCAGCUGGUAUAUCUGCCUAUGUUGCCUAUGCUUCGACAUACUCAAGGAGAGUGAAUCGCUUUGGCCUGUUCGUCAAGAGAGACCAAAGUCAAACUAAGCUGACGGCUAUACACGAAGACCCAGUCGACAUAUCUUCUGAUCUGAAGCGCAGAGUUACAGAAGAUCUUCAACAUAACCUCUUCCUAGACUUUGUCCAUACCACAUCCAACCAAAACAUCAAGGCUUUCAUGCAGACAAAGUUAGGUGUAAGCAGAACUGAGCUGAUGAACCUUAGAGGCUCUCCUCUACUAGAGUCAUGCAGCCAAGAUGAUGCAGCCAUUGAGUUCAAAUGUCAACAGCUUAAGGAACAAACUCAACAAAUUAGUUUCGGCAAUGUCUCAGUAUAUUACAGCAAUGAUGCAAAGUUCCUGGAGAACAUGGUCGUGAAGUACGUAAAUGCUGCUAAAGUAGUGAUACCAGGGACAGAGGAGAAGUCCGGGGAAGGAGUCAACACAAUGAGUAUGUUGGUGGAUGUUGAUCAGAAGACUCGGUCUGUGGAAAUGUCUGUGUACACCCCAGUGACCAGCGCCAAGAUCCACAGACUGCCUUUGUCUAAGCUGCCAAUGUCCACCCUGGCAGAGUGGGCUACUCAGCCUGACGCUGCAUCAGAAUACUGUGGUGUCUCCUCGAAGCGAUUCAGAACAUUUGAUGGAAGAGAGUCACUUUACAAAAUGAAGGAUGUUUGGCAUCUUGUCUUACACGAUCGUACAAGGAAAUAUGGAAUCUCUGUCCUAGCCAAACCAUCAAGUAACAAUACCAUGAAAAUUGAAAUCAACAAAGACGAUUCGGUUGUGCUGAGAGUUGAAGAGGGACCCAAGGUGUAUUUCAACGACAAACUUCAGCUUCUGGAUGUGAAACACUCCGUGAUGGUAGUGAGUGACAAACAGGGCCGUGUGGUGAUGCACAUUGUGUAUACUCCGGACUCCUCCCUGCGUAUCCAACUGCCUUACGACCACCUCGUCCUUCGAUACACUGACUCUUCUCUUGUUGUCAAGGCAGGGAAUGCUCUGCAGGGUCGUUUGUGUGGUAUCUGUGGUUCCCACUCCAACACUGGGGUAGAGCAAUACCUAGCAGCUGAGGGACAAACUGCCAAGUCUGCAAAGGAGUUUGCAUCGUCCUUCCAGCUCAAAGACAGAACCUCGUCAGACGAAUAGUACAUCAAACUGUACUGUAGUCAUGAAUCAGCUAGUUAAGUCUCUUUCUUGACUUUGCCGCAUGAUUUGUACUUUUGAAAAAAAUUCAUAUGAUAAAA